GUGAUACCUAUUAUAAUUUAUAAUAAUAUUGGUAUCAUUUGGAGUUAAUAAGACUAUUUCCAUUUAAUACAUAUAUUUUAAUAUUUUAGUUGUAAAGUAAAAAAACGCAAGAUGGGAAAACGUCAACAUCAAAAAGACAAAAUGUACAUUACACACACUGAAUGGACCACUAUUUAUGGUGGAAAAAGAUCAGGAACGCUUAUAGAAGAGGACACAUCAUUUAAACGACUCCCUUUUGAUCACUGUUGCUUAUGUUUACAACCAUUUAAUGAACCAUUCUGUGAUGCAGAUGGAAAUAUAUUUGAGUUGCAACCCGUAAUACCAUUUUUGAAGAAGUUUAAAGUUAAUCCUGUGACUGGAAAGAAAAUUGACAUAAAGAGUUUGAUCAAACUUAACUUUUUUAAGAAUUCAGCAGGAGAAUACCAUUGUCCAGUAUUAUUUAAACCAUUCACAAAGAACUCUCAUAUUGUUGCUAUUAGUACCAGUGGUAAUGUCUACUGCUAUGAAGCUGUCGAACAACUCAAUAUCAAAGGGAAGAAUUGGAAAGACCUCAUUAAUGACACACCAUUUACAAGAGCCGAUAUCAUCACUAUACAGGAUCCUAAUCACUUGGGAAAAUUUAAUAUAUCUAAUUUCCAUCAUAUAAAAAACAGUUUGAGGAUCGAGACUGAAGAGGAGAUUGCUCUGAAGAAAGAUCCCCAUGCCAGACUAAAGACUGUAUCAGCUGAGACAAGGGAUAUCCUACAAGAGCUUGACAAAGAAUAUAAGGCACCUGAAAAUAAUGAAGUUAAAAAGGAGGAAUUAGCAGAUAAAUUCAAUGCAGCUCACUAUUCAACUGGUAUGGUGGCGGCAAGUUUCACAUCAACAGCCAUGGUACCUGAGACAACGCACCAAGCUGCUAUACUGUGUGAGGAUGAAGUUAAAUAUGACAGAGUUAAGAAAAAAGGAUAUGUAAGAUUAGUAACUAAUCUCGGACAAUUAAAUUUUGAAUUAUAUUGCGACGUGACGCCUAAAGCUUGCGAUAACUUCAUAAAGCACUGUCUCAAUGGAUACUACAAUGGAACUAAGUUUCAUAGAUCGAUAAGGAACUUUAUGAUUCAAGGUGGCGAUCCUACUGGAACAGGUUUAGGCGGAGAGUCUAUAUGGAAAAAACCGUUUGAGGAUGAACUAAAACCGAAUCUGCACCACACUGGGCGCGGUGUACUCGCUAUGGCCAACUCUGGUCCCAAUACAAACGGUUCUCAAUUCUUCAUCACAUUUCGCUCCUGUAAACAAUUGGAUGGGAAGCAUACAAUAUUUGGCAAAUUAGUUGGUGGAUUAGACACAUUAAGUGCAAUGGAACAGAUUGAAGUAGAUAAUAAAGACAGGCCUAUACAAGAUAUUAUCAUUGAAGUAGCUCAGGUUUUUGUUGAUCCAUUUGCUGAGGCUGAAGAACAGCUUGCUUUGGAAAGGGCUGAAGAAAUGAAAAAACGCGCAGCAGAACAGGAACUCGGUGUUAAACCAAAAAAAGGCUCAACACAACCUCUCAAAGUAUUUAGAGAUGGAGUCGGUAAAUAUUUGAAUUUACAAGAAGAACCCUCAACAAGCAAACCAUCAGUAAAUCAAGAAGUUCCUGCAAAGAAAGCUAAAAAAGAUGGUAAAUAUAACUUUGGAACCUUCGAAUCAUGGUAAUAAAAAUAAUGAGUGUAUAUAUAGUAAUAAUAAAGUAUA